AUGCAAGUUUUUUUAUUAACAUUGGCCACGAUUGAUGCACAAUUCCGUUGUCCCGAACCAAAGGGUUUCUUUCCUGAUUUGGAACAGUGCGAUCUUUAUUAUGCUUGCGUAGAUGGGAAACCGGAGGAAAAGCUUUGCAAAGAUGGCCUUGUAUUCAGGGACGAUAAUCCAAAAAAGGAACUUUGCGACAUACCGGCUAACGUUCCUUGCGGCGACAGAACUCUUUUGCAGGAACCGCAACCAAGUAAAGGAUGUCCAAGAGCAAACGGAUAUUUCAAACACGAGGAUCCAACAGCGUGCGACAGGUUCGUUAAUUGCAUCGAUGGUAUACCACAAACAAUGCCAUGUCCACCUGGUCUAAUUUACGAAGCGAAAAUGUCGAGUUGCGUUUGGCCGGCGGAUGCAAGUAGAUUAUGCGAGAAUGUUAAACGUGAUGUCCUUGACGACGGAUUUGUUUGUCCUGAUGGUGACGUGGCUGGUCCUUCAGGCCGGGUUUUACCACAUCCAACUUAUCCUCAUCCAGAAGACUGUGCCAAAUUUUAUAUAUGUAAAAAUGGGGUUGUACCACAAAAAGGACAAUGCGACAGUGGCACCGUUUACAACGAGGAAACUUUUAGGUGUACUGACCCUGAAAACGUCCCUGGAUGCGAGGAUUAUUUCAAGCGCAAAAACUAA